CCAGAGCCGGGCCUUCGGCUCCAGGCACCAUCGCCACGCUCUACUUCUCGGGCAGGCAGGAGCAGCUGCUGUUGCGCCCGGGGGUCUGUGGCUGAAGCCCGAGGGCAGCCAGAGCAACCCACCCGUCAACAUCGCAGGGACAGCACCCCUUGGACCAAGCCAACGACACCAGCUUGAUAGCGGGGUUUGUCCUCAUGGGCUUCCCAUCCCUCUCGCCUGCCUCCCGCCUGCUCCUUUGCUCUUUGCUGUCCAUUUGCUAUACCUUCACCUUGGUGGGGAACCUGUGCAUCGUGUGGGCCGUCCUCCGGGACUCUCGCCUCACCCGCUUGCCCAUGUACAUCCUCCUGGGGAACUUCUCCAGCUUGGAGAUGUGCUACGUAACCACCACGGCGCCUCGGAUGCUGUGGGAUCUGUCCUCCCCGCUGCCGGCCAUCAUCUCCUUCAACGGAUGCUUCCUCCAGUUCUACUUUUUCUUCUCUAUGGGAACCACCGAGAGCUUCCUCCUUGCAGCCAUGGCACUGGAUCGCUACCUGGCCAUCUGCCACCCGCUGCGUUACCCGAUGCUCAUGUCCCCCCGGUUUUGCUGCUCCCUAUCAGCUUCCUGCUGGGCGUCCGGUUUCCUGUGGUUCCUGGCACCCAUCGUGCUGAUUUCCAAGCUCCAUUUCUGCGGCCCAAACACCCUCGAUCAUUUCAUCUGCGACCCGGGCCCACUGCUGGCUUCCUCCUGUGUGCCAGCCCCCGCCACAGAGAUGGCCUUCUACAGCCUCAGCUCGAUUGCCAUCUUUGGACCCUUCCUCUUCAUCCUGUGCUCCUACGCAGCGGUCCUCAAGGCAGUGAUGCGGCUGCCUUCCGCCGCCUCGAGGCAGAAGGCCUUCUCUACUUGCACCUCCCACUUGGCGGUGGUGGGCCUUUUCUAUGGUUCCAUCAUGGUCACCUAUGUGGCUCCCGAAGCUUCAGGGGGCAGCAACAAGGUGGUGACCCUCUUCUAUUCUGUGCUAACCCCCUUGCUCAACCCAGUCAUCUACAGCCUGAGGAACAAGGAGAUGAAAGGCGCCUUAAGGAGGACGCUGUUCCAGGGAAAUUAGGGGCCCUGAUCCGCGGGUGGUUGAUUUGGACCUUGGCCAAGAGAUCGGGGCCUUUCCCUCUGUAGGAGCUACCAUGGUUGGCUGGCUGGCUGGCUGGAAACAGGAGAGAGGGGCAAAAUCUGGUUCAGUUGGCAUUUAAAGGCAAACUUUCCUCAUUCCUGUUUCCUGAAAUAACAUCAUGUGAAACCAGACACAACUAGCUUUUGAAAUCCGCAUGAAUUUUGCAAUUCAGCUCUCCAACCAAAAACAUGUCCAUAAACGUGCAUAUACAGUGGUAUCUUGGUUUGCAAACACAAUUGGUUCCCGAAGUCUGUACUUAACCUGAAGCGUACUUAACCUGAAGCAAACUUUCCCAUUGAAAGUAAUGGAAAGUGGAUUAAUCUGUUCCAGGUGAGUCCACAGAGUACUCAAUCUGAAGCAUACUUAACCAGAGGUAUGAGUGUAAUUGGUUCCGGAAGUCCGUACUUAACCUGAAGCGUACUUAACCUGAAGCGAACUUUCCCAUCGAAAGUAAUGGAAAGUGAAUUAAUCCGUUCCAGUUAGGUCCGCAGAGUACUUAAACUGAAAGUACUCAAACCGAGGCGUACUUAAACCGAGGUAUGACUGUAUUAUCUUGAUGAAUCUUGAUGAAAUGCAUAUGCUAAGUAAAAAUAACUUACAAAAUGUUAUUAUAAAAUGUUUAAAAUGGGAAAUAGAUGGCCAAAGGUGUACAUUACUAGCAAUGCACACAAAAUGCUAAUGACUUUUCAUGAUGACAUUUUUUCUUAAAAAAAUAGAAUAAAAUUGCAAACUGACAAAGCAACAUGACAAUCAGAACCUAAUAUUGGAUAAAUGAGAUGCUCAAGAAACCAUCCAUCCCUAGCUGAAUGUGAUGAAUUUGAGAUAGUGGCUGCAUACAAACACCUUUGUAGAGCAUUGCUUCCCCCAAAGAAUCCUGGGAACUGUAGUUCACUCCUUACAGAGCUACAGUUGCCAGCGCCCUUAACAGCUCCCAGUUCCCAAACAAUAGUUUCUUUGCUGGAACUCCCAUGUGUUAAAUGUGAUUUAAAUGUGUGGUGUGUACUCAGCCGCCAUAUAUUGUGGUGAUAUCUGUUCAGUGCCAUAUCCUAUACAUAAUAAUGUUCAGUACUGUAUUAUUUAUCAUUUCAUCUUAAGCUGAUUCAUGAUUUGCUUGCAAUAUAGGUGUGUGAGAGGCUUCAGACAAUAUGUGAGGCUCGGUGAAUAAAGCACAUAUAUAAUGUUUAUCUACAGCCUGAGUUACAUAUGUCAGGGUGGGAGUUGGGGAGCAGGUCAGCAAUAACUCACAAGGUGUCUGUGAAGCUAACUCUUCAUUCAAAGAAACAAAAACAGUGCAGGCCAAGUGAGCACAGCAGCUAUUCCCAGUAGGUCUUGAAUGAGGCAGUUGUGAGGACUGAAGGUCCCCACCUUCCCAAGUCUCUACCUUCUCCGGUUCCUUCCUGAGGGAUGUAAUGCUUGGUGCAGUCAAAUGCAACAUUCCUUAUUUUCCUAGAGUGGGCACAUGCAGGGGGACAUCCAGUCAUUGUAACUUCCUGUUCCACUGGUCUGGAGCAUCCUCCCCCUUCAUGUGACCUGGGAGAUCACCUCUGCCGAGUCAUGCAGCCAUUUUCUCAGUAGCAGUCUAGUUUUUGUCUUUCUAUUGUCUUGCUGUUCUUUUGCUGCCAUGCUGCUCUCAGCCAGCAGCACAUGAGUUCAGUCUCACUAUGAGAUGAACUCUCCACUUAUUAUGUAACCCCUAAGCAAAGCCUGCCUUUCAACGACCAUAUUGUGAACUGAAAUGUGAGUAAACUUUUUGUUACUUUACUAAGAAAGGCUCUUGUGUCUUUGUCCUUUUAAGAGGGAUGAAAGGGGACACCAGGAAAUAAUCUUAACUAAGAGAUUCAAAUGAAUCUGCAAACUAGCUUCUAGCUAUAUUGAGGGGAAUCUGCUCUGCUACAUCACUUACUAGCGUGAAGGAAGGAAGGACAAUAAUUAUUCAGUAUAUCCUUUCCUACUAUUCUUAACAUUCCCACACUUCCCAAGCAACCUGAGACUUCUUCGCUUUGUCUGCCUCUGCUCCACCCUCUUCAUGCCUCUUCAGGUUCUGUGAGACCAGAGGAGAGGGGAGCUUGUCCUAUCCGCAGAACCUAGGAGAUGCUUUCUAAUCACGUUUGUUCAAAAAAGCAGUCUUUCCUCAGCGGAGAGUCCAAUAGCUGCUGAGCGACUAAUGCAGGCUUCCUCAACCUCAGCCCUCCAGAUGUUUUGAGACUACAAUUCCCAUAAUACCUGACCACUAGUCCUGCUAGCUAGGGAUCAUGGGAGUUGUAGGCCAAAAACAUCUGGAAGGCCAAGGUUGAGGAAGCCUGGACUAACGUCUCUGCGACUCAUAACAUGGCCCUCUUUACGCUGGUGGCAAGAAAAAUCAGGAAGAAUUGGAUAAAAUUUCAGUAAAUUGUAAGGUUGAUUCAGAGGUCUAAAUAGAAUUGCAUGGCAUGUAAUCAUGGAGGCACCCCAUUUGCAGUCUCACUUGCAAAAUACGGUUCUGAUGGCUUAUGCAGAAGCUUUGUUUACAUAUGCAUUCUUUUUUAAAUUUUAUUUCUGAUUUUCAGUUUUAUACAUUUCAAGAAUUUUACAAUUGUUUUAACAUUUUAAAACUUGACUUCCUUCCCCCUU